AACGGGCCCGCGCGAGACCCGCCGCCGCCGCCCGGCCCCAUGGCGGCCGCCGCCAACCCCACCGUCUUCCUCCUCAUGGUCAGCGGGCAGGUGGAGAGCGCGCAGUUCCCGGAUUACGAUGACCUGUAUUGCAAAUACUGCUUCGUGUACGGCCAUGACUGGGCUCCCACCACAGGUUUGGAAGAAGUCUCCCAGAUCGCGUCCAAGAACAGGGACUCUCAGCAAGACCUGGUGUGGAACUUCCCCAUCGACAUCACCUUCAGCACCAACCCUUUUGGCUGGCCUCAGAUAGUCUUAAGCGUAUAUGGCCCUGAUAUUUUCGGCAACGAUGUGGUUCGAGGCUACGGAGCCGUCCACGUUCCUUUUACACCAGGAAGUCACAAAAGGACCAUCCCGUUGUUCGUCCCGGAAUCGACGUCCAAGCUGCAGAAGUUCACAAGCUGGCUCAUGGGACGACAGCCGGAGUUCACGGACCCCAAAGUGGUGGCGCAGGGAGAGGGCCGGGAAGUGACUCGGGUACGUUCCCAGGGCUUUGCGACUCUCUCUUUCAACGUGGUGACCAAGGAUAUGAAGAAGCUGGGCUAUGACGUGAGCCCAGCCGGAAUGUCCAACCCCUCGCUCGCCUCCAUGGGGGAUGGCCUCCACAGAUAUUAAGACAGAGGUCUCCCAGCUCAGCCUCUGCCCCACAACCAGGAGGGUGUUUGAACUGGGCUGCCUCACACCCGUUCAGGUCUUAAGGAUUUGUCUGCAUGGCACUAGGAGAUUCAGAACCUCAGGUACAGGACGACACGUCAGCACCGACCACGUAGGUAUUUUCGGCUUGUUAACGCCCUUGCGUGCGACAAUCUCCCUGCUUUUAGAAAACUGAAGUAUCGGGGAGCAAGGAUUCACACAGCUCUCAUGGUGCGGGGAGUUUUGUUGUUCUAAACAGGCAAGAGAGCGCAAGUUAAAAUGACAUUCCACAUGGCAUUCCUACAGAGAGACGGCAUUGUUAUUGACAUAAUACCUUUAUGGGAAGGAGAGAGAGGAACUGUCGCUCUCACACCUGGGGCCGCUCUGUGUUCCAAGUUAUCCUGAGCAGGACUUCUCGCAGUAUUUGUACUCGUGUUAAAGCAAUGCAGGAAAGAACUACAGAAUUGCCACCAGCUACAGAAUUGUACCGGCUCCUUCAUGUGUUGUUUCUCUUCCUGAAAGUAGCAUUCCUGUAGGCCUCUGAAAUGCCACAAUUAUCACAGGCCCUCAAGACGAAGGUCUCUAGUUGCGUCUUUGAAUGUUUCCCACCCAUGACGUACAUGGGCGUAUCUACCUGUUAACCUUUCCACACAUAGGGAUGGACGUUUAGCGAGCAGCCACCUGGGCGUAAGGUCGAGGACACCAAUAUCAGGACACAAGAGCUUUUUGCAUGUUGUUUACAAGACGUUACAUGACCUCCCAAGUCUCAUCAAAAGCCAUGUAGUCCAUUUUUAUUAAACUUGUCUUUGUUAAACCA